AUGCCUGUGGAAGGGAAAAGUGAUAUGGAGAGGAUUGGCCUCUUCAGUGAAAUGGGUUAUGUCACCAUUGGAGAUAAAUACAAGUCACUGUAUAUGCGCCCUUUUAAUGAAGCUGCAAGCAAGAACAGACAGAUGUUAUCUGAGGGGACCAAAACAUUGUCAGCUCUACAGGCAGGCUAUUUUGAGCCUCAGUUUGUGAGGAUUUUUGAGGGUGAAGCCUACUCAAAUCCUGUUCAGCUAAGGAGACGCUAUAGAAUGGCAGAAUCAAAGAAAAAUGUGGGCAAAGCUUUCCUUCCCAGUAAUGGAGACAAACUCCCAUGUGGGCUUGGCAGCUAUUAUGGAACCAUAGGAGGUUCAUAUGCAUACUUCAGUCCACAGCUGAAAUCCAGAGAAAGAUAUAUUCCUCCUGGAAAGAAUUUUUAUACUAAUCCAGGAAAGAAAGGAAGUGGAUUUGGUUAUGCAAACCUUACCAUAGGUGAACAAUAUCCACACGAACCUGAUGACUAUGAAGCAGAAAGAAUACAAGCAAAGAAAGCGCAAGCGGAGCAUAAACGAUUGCUUAAAGGAGGGCCUUUCAGGUUAAAUCUAUAUCCCCAGGAGUAUUUUGACAGCAAUCCCUAUUUUAGUGACAAACCUUUGCCACCUGUGAAGAAAUCACCUCCAAAGAAGCUGAGUGCACCACCUUUCAUACCAAGUUCUCCUGCUAAAAAGUUAGGGGGCAUGAAAGGAGGCACAUUUGAUCCUUACCCAAGCUAUUCUGCUGAGCCUUAUGUAAGUAAACAAUCUAAGGCUGUCACAACUGGUAAAGAAGGAAAAGUCUUUCAUCCUUCUUCUGGACCAAAAAGCAGACCUGUUACAAGCAUAGUAACUUUAAAUGUCACAAGAUCAUUAAAUGCAAAAAACUACAAGACUAUACGGCUGACAUCUUACUAG